AAUUAAGAAUCGUCCGUUUGACAAAUAAUUUUUGCCCCGAAAUUUCUGAAAACCCUUUUGUUAUUUUAAUUUUUCCGAAGCUAUUUUCAUUUUCAGAUUUUCAUAAACCCUUCUGGAUUUUGAAGAAGAGGGUCUGCAUCUGUUCAAACUUGAACUUUGGCCCCUCCUUCAUUCUUCCAAAAUAACACUAUCUGCAAUUUAAUUUAUAGACUUUUAGCUUCAUAAACAAAGCGCGGGACUCCGAAAAUUUUUUGUCCCUUCCUCUCCCCCUUUUCUCUGACGAUGUAGAUAGAGAAAGCACAUGGUUUCCUUCGGUACCCUUUUUCAGUUCUCAGCCUUGAAUGCUUGUUUAUCUGAUAAGGGUGCAUGCUGUUUUGAUCAAUUCCUUGGUGGGUUGUUUCGGAAACAGAUCCGUGUCUACAAUAAUGGGUAACGGGGAGCCUUUGGAUUUGUAUAAACUUUUCAUGGUGGUGAAGAAGAAAGGUGGUUAUGAGACUGUAUGUAAGAAUAGGUUAUGGGAUUUGGUGGGGGAAGAAUAUGGGUUGGGUGUGAAGGUUGGUUCCGCUGUGGAACUUGUUUACAGCAAACACUUAAGUGCUCUAGAGAGAUGUUUGAAGAAUGUUGCUGGUGGCAAGUUUUCUGAAUAUGGUUUAGAGGGUGAUAGAGUGAAGUUUCAGAAGCAUUUGAUGGAGGCACACACUGAAUCCAUGUUGGAGAAUUCUGGUGAGGAGGUAGAAGAUGAACUUGAGAGGAGGGAGUGUGGCCGUCCGGAUGGGAGGAAGUUCAGUGGUGGUAAUAGAGUCAAGUGUGUGAAACCAGAGUCCAAUGGGGCUGAAAACGAGAAUGCAUAUGAGUAUAUAAAUGGGAGUAAAUCAUGUGGUAGUAAUAGUGUGAAAGACAAAAAUUCAGAUUCUAAUGGGAAUGAAUAUGAUAAUGUAUGUGACUAUCUAGAGGGGAGGAAGUUGUGUGGUACAAAUAGGGUGAACGGGGUGAAUCCAGAGUUCAAUGAGGCCAAGAAAGUGAGAAGGCCGGGACUUGUUGAUUUGGACAUGCUGGAGGACCACAACAAGGGUGAGCCUAUUGUAGUAAAAUUUUGCGGAUUUAAUACUGAAAUGGAUACACCAGAAGAGUUUGAUGAGGGCAAAUUAUUAACUGUGGAUGCAUCCGAUGCAGAAAGUGAUAUGGUUAGAUUGUCAGAUGGAAGAAAGAGCAACAAUAAAAAUGAUGAUGACGAUAGUGAUGAAGUCUUGAUAUUGGAUCCAUCUAGUGUUGACAAAAACAAAUUUGGUCACAAGAGGAAGAGAGAGUCUGUGUCAGAAAUGCUAAUUUGGAUUAACAGCAUUGCUAAAAAUCCUUGUGAUCCUGCUCUUGGUUCGAUUCCUGAAAAGUCUAAGUGGAAGUCUUGCAGUAGUCAGGAGAUCUGGAAGCAGGCUUUGUUGUUUCGAAAAGCAGUCUUUCUAAAGAAAGAUUUUGAGACAGCCAAUGAACAACUUAGUUGGCAGAGUCAGAAAAUGCAUCCUUCCAUGUAUGAUGAUCGCGUUGGGGCAUUGUACAAUUUUAGAAAGAGGUUGAAGUGUGAUGAGAGGUCUUUAUUCGGAAAAUCUACAUCUAAUGGAGUCUCCUCUUCAUCUAAAACAAAACGUGGAGAUUUGAAGAGAACCCUUAGUUCUCGAUCUGAAGAUGUUGUCGAUAAGAAGUUACAUGACUCUUGUAGUCUUGAUAAAUAUGCACGAGUGCACAUCCCUGUGGGACCAAAUCAUCAAGCUGAAGUGCCAGAAUGGACUGGCAUGACUUGUGAGAGUGAUUCUAAGUGGUUGGGGACCCAAAUAUGGCCUACAAAAUCUGUAAAUUCAAAAUGGUGUCUUGUUGAAAGGGACCCUAUUGGGAAAGGAAGACAGGAUUCAUGUGGCUGCCCAGUACAAGGCUCUGUUGAGUGUGUCCGGUUUCAUGUUGGUGAGAAAAGGUCUAAAGUUAAGAUGGAGCUGGGGGAGGCUUUUUUCCAAUGGAGAUUAGAUAUGGUAGGGGAAGAAGUUAGGAGUUCUUGGACAGAUGAAGAUGAGAAAAAGUUCAAAGAUGUGGUGAAAUCAAACCCUGCUUCACUUGAUAAGUGUUUUUGGGAUCAUCUUUUUAAAACAUUUCCUAAGAAGAGCAGAGAAGAUUUGGUCUGCUACUAUUUCAAUGUCUUUCUUCUGCAGCAGAGAGCAUAUCAGAAUAGGCAUACUCCAGAUAACAUUGAUAGUGAUGAUGAUGAAUCAGAGUUCACACCAUUGAGGAAAGUGUUUGGACAUCAAACACCAAAAUCUCGCAACCUCACCUUGUUAUCACCAAAAAAAUCCACAGGCAAAAGGGCAAAUAGCAAGUGAAUGGUCAGUCACUUCUCGAUCUUUAUCGAGAAUGUGAGUUGACAAUUUUGUGCGUAUUUUGCUGUCACAACUUUCAGAAUCAAUGGAUCUUUCUCUCCUUAGAAUUUUGAAGCUCCAUUGAUUUUGGAAGUGGAAAAUGGAACCUAAAAGAUUGGUUCUUUUUGUGUAGGAUCAAUUUAGGACAUGAAAGAUGUUUUUUGAAGCCUUGCCAACAACUAUGAAAAUCUGACAGUUGGAGUUGCUUUUAGUUUUACAUGCCUCCAUUUUUGAGACAUGUCUUCUGUCUGUUGGCUGUAAUAUGUUGCAGCCACAGGUCUCUUCGCUCAUUUUAUUUUCACCGGUUUUUGACAAGGGUUACUUUAAAGUUCAAACAAAAACAUCAUGAAUAUAUAGGGCAAAUUUUAUUGUAGAGUUUUAUGAAGAAAUACUAAGUGUUAUUUGAAUUUCA